GAACUAGAUUUAAUGAAGCAUUGGAGUCCGGAUAUGAGAGAGAGAGAGAGAGAGAUGAGGGAUGUGUAAGAAGAAGACUGGGAAGAAGAAGAAGAAGAAGAAGAAGAAGAGGAUCUCUUUUUCAUUCAAUCUCUGCAACUAGUGUUUAUACUUCACCUUCAGAUCUCUUCAUUCUUCUGGGAUUGCGUGUGAUCUACAUUGGGGAGUUUUGAUCGACUUGGAUUUUCUCCAAGUUUCAAGAGCCAUAUGCUCAGUGCAGAAUGUCAUUCCGCAGCAUAGUUCGUGACGUGAGGGAUAGUUUUGGGAGCUUAUCUAGGCGUAGUUUUGAUGUCAGACUUACUGGCCAUCAUAGAGGAAAAUCUCAUGGCUCGGUACAGGAUUUGCAUGACCAGCCUCUAGUAAUUCAAAAUAGUUGCUGGGCAAGCUUACCCCCAGAAUUACUAUUUGAUGUCAUUAGACGGCUAGAGGAGAGUGAGAAUACAUGGCCUGCUCGAAAGCAUGUUGUUGCAUGUGCUGCAGUUUGCCAGUCUUGGAGGAAUAUGUGCAAGGAUAUUGUUAAGAGCCCGGAGUUCUCUGGCAAGCUUACAUUCCCUGUGUCCCUGAAGCAGCCUGGGCCACGCGAUGGGAUCAUUCAAUGUUUUAUCAAAAGGGAUAAAUCUAACUUAACAUACCACCUGUUCCUUUGCCUAAGCCCCGCUCUAUUAGUUGAAAAUGGAAAAUUUCUCCUUUCUGCUAAGAGGACAAGGAGAACAACUUACACCGAGUACGUUAUUUCCAUGGAUGCUGACAACAUUUCUAGAUCAAGUAAUACUUACAUUGGAAAGCUGAGAUCGAACUUUCUCGGUACAAAAUUCAUCAUCUAUGACACACAGCCUCCAUACUCUUCUGCCCAUAUAUGCCCUCCUGGGACUGGGAAGACAAGCCGCAGGUUUUAUUCCAAAAAGGUCUCGCCUAAGGUCCCAUCUGGUAGUUACAACAUAGCUCAGGUAACAUAUGAAUUAAACGUGCUUGGGACUCGAGGCCCAAGGAAAAUGCACUGCAUUAUGCACUCAAUACCAGCCUCAGCACUUGAUGCAGGCGGCACCGUUCCUGGCCAGCCAGAGCUCCUUCCUCGUUCCCUGGAUGACUCAUUCCGGAGCAUCUCAUUUUCAAAGUCUCUAGAUCAUUCUAUCGAGUUCAGCAGCUCACGAUUUUCUGAGAUCGGGGGAUCCUGUAACGAGGAUGAUGAUGGCAGCAAGAUGAGACCCUUGGUUCUGAAAAACAAGCCACCGAGAUGGCAUGAACAGUUGCAAUGUUGGUGCCUUAAUUUCCGGGGACGAGUAACUGUUGCGUCUGUUAAAAACUUUCAGUUGAUUGCUGCAACCCAGCCACCAGCUGCAGGUGCACCUACACCAUCUCAACCAGCUCCACCAGAGCACGACAAGAUUAUUCUGCAGUUUGGCAAAGUGGGGAAAGACAUGUUCACCAUGGAUUAUCGGUAUCCUUUGUCUGCAUUCCAAGCUUUUGCAAUAUGCUUAAGCAGCUUUGACACCAAACUAGCUUGUGAAUAGAUUAAUCAUGAAGAAUAGGUCUUCAAAUGAGCUAAUCAAACAGUGUUAUUGAUCUCCUUCCCUUUGUUUUCUUGUUGUUAUUAUCAAUGUCAUGGAUUAGGCCACUAUUAUUACUCAGCUGCUGCAUGACUCAAUUGUAACUUUAAUGUACCCUUUGAUGUAAUAGUGCUAGAGAAUUUUUAACUUGCAUUGUUGCUAUGUAUCUUUCUUGGAUGAA